UCUGCAACAGAGGAAGAGUCUUCACCCUCUUCGAGGACGACAACUCUUCUCUCGUCUCUUGUCUUUCUACCGUCGACAACGACAAAAAAUAUGCUCACUGUAACCUCAACAAAACCCCAUAAUCACUUUCCCUCCCUUGCCGUCCCUCUCCCUCUCAAGAAAACCUCCCCUCUCCGCAUUCGCUCUCUCGACGCCACCCAGCCAUACGACUAUGAGUCUCAGCUCCGCACCCAACACCUCAAGUCCCAAUCCAUCAAGAUCGCCAUUCUGGGCUUCGGCAACUUUGGCCGGUUCCUCUCCAAAACUCUCUCUUGCCAAGGCCACACUUUCCUAGCUUACUCUCGCACAAGCUACACCGAUGCCGCCAAAAGCUUAGGCGUCACUUUCUUCAACGACCCACAUGACCUCUGCGAGAGCCACCCUGAAGUUGUAAUCUUAUGCACUUCGAUUCUUUCGACCGAGAAGGUACUUCCGUCUUUCCCAUUUCAGAGACUCAAACGUAGUACCCUUAUAGUUGAUGUUUUGUCUGUUAAAGAGUUUGCUAAGAAUAUCUUGCUGAGAUAUUUGCCUGUCGAAUUUUAUAUUCUGUGUACACACCCCAUGUUUGGACCUGAAAGUGGGAAGAAUUCUUGUUCUGAUUUGCCUUUUGUUUAUGAUAAGGUUAGGAUUGGUAACGAGGAGGAUAGGAUUGAUAGAGUUGAGAGGUUUCUUGAUGUUUUUGCGAAAGAAGGGUGUAGGAUGGUUGAAAUGAGCUGUGCAGAGCAUGAUAGGUAAGCGGUCGGAUCGCAGUUUGUCACCCAUACUGUGGGGAGAUUAUUGAGGAGGUUUGGGUUGGAGACUUCGCCGAUUAAUACCAAAGGAUACGAGACUUUGUUGGAUUUGGUGGAGAAUACGGCCGGGGAUAGUUUUGAGCUGUAUUAUUGGUUGUUCAUGUAUAAUAAGAAUGCUAUGGAGCAGUUUAUUAGAUUGGUUAAGAAUUUAUGAGAUAAACUUAUAUCCAUCAUGUCGUCCCAUACAAGAGUGUUUGAUAACGUG